AUGCCUGUAAAAAGCCAUCAAAGGAUACAAACUCAAACCGACACGGGUCGUAUGAGAGACAGAGCAAACACUAUGACAACAGUAACAUCGAAAAAAACUGCUUCGACAUCGAAACGACUUUUUAUUAGUGGUGGUGGUGGUGCUCAACAUAUACCAACUUCUGGUACAACAAGACUGAGCAGUGGAACGACAUCGCUGACCGUUGGAAUGAAUCCACUUAAAACAAGCAAUUCACGAGGAACGAAAAUAAUAACGGAAGUUGAUGAUACAAAUAUUGAUGAAGUAUUAAAGUUAUCUGAUGUAUCACUUAUACCAGCAUCGUUUCUUACGGAAAUUCAACAAGAUGAAGUUUACGAAACAAUUUUAGAAGAACUUCGGAAAAAAAUGCCAAAUCUUGUUGCUCCUAAAACACCUUCGGUGCACGAAGACGAACAGCAAAAACCAUUUUCACCACAUCUUCUUGCAAUCAACGAUGACAAUGAUACCAGCAAUGAAGACGACGAUGAUGACGAUGUAAGCAUAGACGAUGGAGUCUCAUCAUCACAAUCAAGUGACAAUAAUCCUCGGUCGUCUCAUGAAGAUUAUGAUACCGAUAUUGAAACAGAUUCUGGCGGACAAAAAGAUCAUGACCCAACAGGUAGACAAUUAUAUCGUGAAUUGUGUAAAGAAGGAAGUUUAAUACCAUGCUCAUAUUUUCUGGCGCAUAUACAAGAUAGUGAAAUGAUUUUACGCUAUCAUCAAUUCAAUACAGAGGAUAUUAAAGCUAUAACGAAAACACUUGUCACGAAUCUUAGUAUUGAUCAUCUUUACUUGGAUGGCAACUUUUUACAAGAACAAGCAACAAAAUAUAUUACACAAUUGAUUUUAACAAAUGAUUCUAUUACAGAACUCUCUCUUGCUGAUAAUCGACUCGGCGGUAAUGAAGGUACAAAAGAAAUAUGUAGAAUGUUAACAUUAAAUCGAAAUUUAAAAAAACUUAAUUUAUCAGGAAAUAAAUUCAAUGAACUUGAUAUUACACAAUUAAUCGAAGCAUUUGAACAAAACAAAAUACUACACGAACUCGACUUGAGUCAUAACAGUUUUGGUGAAGCAUGUGGCAAGGUGCUUGGUACAUUUAUCAGUAGUAAUGAUUCAUUAGAAUCAAUUGAUUUGAGCUGGAAUAAUUUUCGAGGACGAAGUGCGAUUGAUCUUGUAAAUGGAAUUAAAGAAAAUGUUCGUUUGAAACGUUGUAAUCUAGCAAUGAAUGGUUUAGGACCUGAUAGUGGACAAAUUUUAGCUGAUUGUAUAAAACAAAAUAGUGCAUUAGAAGAAUUAAAUCUCAUUGGAAAUCGACUGAAUACACCAAAUGCUUUUGCUAUUGCUCAGGCAUUAUCAUCGAAUGAUUCACUCGAAAUUCUCAAGCUUGACAAAAACCAAAUCAAUUCCGACGGUGUACUUGCUAUUUUUCUUUGUAUCAAAGCAAACGACACAAAUUCAUUACGUGUAGUAGAUUUUGCACAUACAGUAGUUACUGAAGAGACGGUACUUGCUUGCGAGGAUAUUGUUAAAUUAAAAAAUGGUCAAUUUAAAUAUUUGAUUGGAUCAAUAACGCCAAAAAAACUUCAGCCAAACUCGACGAGUGAAUGCUAUGUGAAAACUAAUGAAGAAUUACUCAAUAAACUACGUUCUACUGCAGCAAAUGUAAAAUUUAAUGUUGACUGA